AAACCCUGCAAAAUCUCGCGGAAAUUUGGAAAAUCUUGGUAAAAUUGGAAAUUCUUUGCGAAAUCGCAGUAAUCUGGUGCAAAAGCGAGUGUUUUUGUCCAUCUUUACAAGUUUCCGCACGGAACGGUGCAACGAAAGCGUUGGUAAAUAUUGGAGCGAUCUCGGAAAGGCAGCGAGACCGAAACCGAAUCCAGAAGCAAAACCGGGAAAAGGAGGGCUGAAAUGGUCAACGACGGAAAUCGGCGCCUGUUUAACCAGAUGCCGAACCGGCCACGGUUCAAACCCGGAGGCGGAGGACCGCCACAAUCCGCGAUGAAUCGCGCUAUGCUGUACGACGCAAACCAGCUCGGAGAUAAUCCCGGAUUCCUCGAUUUCAAUGACGAUUCCAUCAGCUUCCCCUCGACUGGAUCCCGCGAUAGUAACAACGGUUUAAACUCCGGCACAACCAGCACUGGAGGAGGCCUGACGAACGGAGCGGAAGCCUCCCAAAAUGGUCCAAAUAUGAACGGAAAUAGGCGAUUGAAUCCGGGCAUGAAGCGACCGAUGAAGAACGGUGCCGGCAUGCGUCCGCGAAUGAACAACGGUCCAAACUGGGGACCACCGAUGGCACCUCCCAAUUCGUUUCCAGGUCCUUCGCCUGUUGGUAGACGCGGGCAAAUGCAUCCCCCGGCAAUACCACCGCUACCGCCCCCUCCCGGUGCUCACUUUCGGAAUGGUGGACCGGGGAUGGGAAGGCCGAUGCGCGGUCCGCACAAUGGCAGAUUUGGCGGUGGUCCACCCAGACCGAUGCCUCUACUAUCCAUGAAUGCACCUCUUCCUCCUCCGGUACCACCGAUGGGUGUUGGUCAACCGAUGCCUCCACCACCCGGCAUGGGCCGAAUGUUGCCCCCACCGAUACGACCACCCGGAAUGCUGCGACGUCAACCGAACGGACUAUUUCCGGGCAUGGGUCCACGAAUGCAUGCCUUUGCUCGUAACGGGAUGGCUGCUCCCAACGGAAAUGCGAAUGGGAAUCGAAUCGGUACACGGGGAAAGCCGGCUCCACCCAACAGAGAUCCAUUUGCUCUCGACAAACCGUGGGUUACGGAUCAGAUCAAGGCCGAACACGACAAGAAAGAGGAACUUGCCAACCGGCUGAAAGGACACCGUGAUGAUGCCCUGUUUGCCCAGUUUAAGGAGCAACGGGAUAAGUUUGUGAAAAUGUAUGAAGCCGCCCGACUAGAAUUCAUUGGCAAGCAGCAAUCGGAACAGCAGCAGCAGCAGCAGCAGGAUGUUGAUAAAAACUUGACUGAACCGAUGUGCAAAAAGCCUCGCGUUGAAAAAGAAAGUGAAUCGAGCGGUAGGAUAACUAACGCACCGGUCACUCCUAUAGAAACACCCGUCAAUACGCAGAAAAGUGUAAACGAUGGCGUCACUAUUGCUGCCACUUCUUCUACUACUACAACUGCUCCUACUUCCACUUCUUCGCCUACUUCCUGCGAAAUUAGCGAUACUAAUGAAGUCCCUGCUAUCACGCCCGCACCGACUGAAGCCGUGACAGAGUCAUCCGCAACGGCAACUAUUGUCGAAGCUGCUUCGGUCACUGCUGAAACCAAGAUCUCGUAAAGUAGUGUCCCAUCGAGUGUUAGGCCAUGUAAAUCCUGCUAGUAGAUUUUUACUUCAGAAUUGAAUGAAACGAUGGAAAAAAAUUGCGAGCAAAUAUAGGCAAAUAUUUCAUCAGCACUACAGAUCUUCUGCUACUGUAAUUGUCUCUGAGCGCAGGGUUCGUUGGUUGGUAGUAAAUAUAAAACCAAAGAACUUGGACGAUUAGCGUUGUAAGACGUCUUUUAACACAUUGUUACCCUCCUCCACGUUCAGGACCUAUACGAACCAUUAUCACAAUCAUAUGGAAGAUACAAAUAAAACAAAACAUUUAUCAUAUUUACAAACGUAAUACAGUAUAAGAACCAACCUAGAGCCCACCAAAUAUCUCAAACCGUUUGAAAUUGUUUGAAAAGUGGAGACGAGAGAUUCCCCUUCAAAGAAACCCAUACCCGCCCGUAGGGCUCCGUAGGAUCACAUUACUAGAGAGCCAAGAUAUUUGGCGGCAGAUAGCUAAUAACUUGCGCAUCCCAACCCGUUGCCUCUUAAAUUUGUUUGAACCUUUUGGUAGAGCAUUGAGAAGGGGUGUGCAAUGCAUUCGGCUCACUAGGAAUCCUUUAAACACCACGGUAACUAAGCAGUAGAAUUAAAUCAGGCACCAGCCCAAGAGAAGAGUAUAGAAUUUGAAGAAAAUCAUUGGAGACAACAAAUCAUCAGAAAGGAAAUAUGCCAAAUAAUGUAAUGGGAUUCAGGAGGAAGGUAAACAUUUUUAGUAGUAGAUAACAAGCUUGGACUGAACUGAAAACAAAGGAAAAACUUUGCUGCUCCGGUAGUGUAGAAGACAAAGUUUGUAGAAAAACGUUUAAAAGGCACAGUGGAUGAGGUGACGAGUGAAAUGAAGCAGAGAUUCAUUAAAUUGAUUAGACAGAGCUAAAUGCUUUCUUCUUAAUAUUUGUCCACGUAGUAACACGGCAAGCAAACCAUAGCAGCGAUACCGUGUGUUCCUUUGUUGUGUGUGCAAGACAUUCUAUUGUGUAUUUUUGUGUGGAAUGAUUUGAAAGCUGUUAAAUACUUUUAAUACUUUGUACUUAGAACAGUUCCAAUGUUGCGACAUAUCAAUUUCCCAAUUCAGAGCAAUCCUUUCCUAUGCAGCUUGUAUAUUGGUAGUAGCGUAGAGCAUUCGAAAGGCUAUCCUUUAGAUAGUAUUUUUAUUUGCUUUGUAAACUUUUGAUUUAAUGCUGAUUGAAUUAAGAACCAAGUUUACCUCAUCGCCAGCAUAUUAUGUUUCAGCGCACGAAACAGUUACUGAUUUUAAGGCACAUGUUUGACCCAUCAAUCUAACGUCUUUAGGCAAUGUGUGAGUCGCGGCGUGGGAAUGAAGGAAUUUGAGUAGUGAAUUGUACGCGCUAAUCAUUAUAUGCUGCAAAGUAUCGCGGUGUCUCGUCGUACUGAAAUAAAAUGAAUUGCUAUCCUUACCACCUGAAAACCAAAUUGCAUGAUCGUCUCAAGAAGAAAAGAAAAUCCUUCCUCCGAAAAGUGUAGACGAAAGGGUGGAGCGCCUCCAAAGUAGAGAUUUGAAAAGAUCGCGGAAAAUUCGCGGUUUUGCCUCUUAUCAACCGGGAAACCCACUCUCACAUCAUCUUCGAAGGUGAGGAUGAAACCUCAUUUGAGCAAUUGGCUGCAAACACGACCAACAUCUUUCUACGAGAAAUAUAUUAAAAAGCCACCUAUCCGGUCGGAAAAAUGUGCUUCGGAAUCAGGAGAUCAAUUAGAAAUAUAAAAAAAAAUACCUUUGGUGAGUUUAAACAAAAAAUAAAUUUGCUAAAAAUAAAGUCUCGUUUUUAUUUGAUUCACCCUCGUAAUUAAACGCUUUUGUACAUUCGUAUUCUUAUCCGAAGAAAUUUGUCAUUCUUCCAUUCGAACGACCACUGCCAUGGCCACCGGCACAAGGUAGCAACAGAUUAUGGACAGAUUUACAC